AUGACCACGGCUGCAAGACCAACAUUUGAUCCGGCCAGAGGUGGACAAGGCCGUGGAGAAAAAGACUUAAGUGCUAUAUCACGCCAAUAUUCAAGUAGAGAUCUUCCAGGUCAUACAAAGUUAAAAUACAGAGAACAAGGUCAAGGUACCACUGAGGAACUCCGCUCCAGAGAUUUUCGUAAAGAAUUAGAUGAGAGAGAAAAAGAUAGCAAAGGUCCUGCAGUAAGAAGGCAAAAUGAACCACCAGCAAAAAGAUUAAAAAUAGACCAAGUUCCUGCUGCCAGCUUAGAUGCAGAUGAUCCAUUAGAAGGAGAUUCAACAGAUUCUGAUGACUCGGAUGAUGAUACUGCAGCUCUAUUGGCUGAGUUAAAUAAAAUAAAGAAAGAGCGUGCUAUAGAACAGGCAAAAAAGGAGGCUGAGAAAAAACAAGAAGAAGAGAGAAUUCGUAUGGAAAACAUUCUUUCUGGAAAUCCCUUAUUAAAUUAUUCUGCUGCAGGGCAAAAAAGUGAUUUAAAGGUUAAAAGGCGAUGGGAUGACGAUGUGGUGUUCAAAAAUUGUGCACGUUCGGAGCCCGACAAGAAAUUAAAUACCUUCAUUAACGACUCUUUAAGGCCUCGUCGGUCUGGUGCACCACCUUUGGACCGUUCGGCACCUAGCUUUCUUCUUGAUGUAUACAAACAAUUGGCAGAAGAGCAUGAGCAAGCAAGACCGACGCGAAGUUCUGAAAUGGCUUUAAGCGGUGAAGAACAGCAAGCGAUUGACGAAAGCGAUCUUAUAAUGACAUUUCAAAGCAAAAAACACCAUUUGGGUGCUUUACGGCACGGGCACGGCAGGCAUGUGUGGUUCGAGGUAGCUGGUGCUCCCAGUGAUGCUUCUUCUCUGCUAACAGCAGAGCUGAGAGUGCACCAGGCUCCAACGCACACGGAAAAUCCGGCAAAUUUGUAUACGGUUGUCGCGCAUAGAGUGCUCAGCGUCGAUAAUGUUGGAGGUUUAAAAAUGGAACGUGUGGCUGCGGUGAAUACAAGCGCUGGUGCUGAAGGCUGGCUUGAACUUAAUGUGACAGCUGCUUUGUCGGCUUGGCUCACCGAACCCACAGAGAAUCGUGGUUUCUUUAUAACACUGCAUCCACAUUCGCAACCGGAGCGUCAUGUUAAGCCCGAAGAAAUUGGCUUAGAAGAGGCUCGCGGAUCAGGUGCCGACGGCAAACAACCGUUUCUAGUUGCGUUUUUCAAGAACGGUCCAAAACUGGGCGGUUGGGACGCGGGUGCUCGACGAAAACGCGAGGCACGUCGUUGGCGUACUCAUGGAUAUUCAGACAAUUACCUCAGGAAUCCAUUGACGGACACAUCUCAUUGGACGACGAGGAGUUGUGAAAUUCAAACCUUAUAUGUUAGCUUUAAGGAUUUAGAAUGGCAAGACUGGAUCAUCGCACCAGAUGGCUAUAGUGCUUACUACUGCAGCGGUGAAUGCAACUUUCCUUUGAACGCCCAUAAAAAUGCGACGAAUCACGCUAUUGUACAGACUUUGGUGCAUUUGUUAAACCCUACCCAGGUUCCAAAACCGUCAUGUGCUCCGAUCAAACUAGCAACUAUUUCAGUAUUGUACUACACGGAUGAUUCGAAUGUUAUACUACGGAAGUAUAAAAACAUGGUUGUUAAGACUUGCGGAUGCCAU